AUGCACAGAACUUACUCUCUAAGAAAUUCGAGGGCUCCAACUGCUUCUCAAUUGCAAAACCCUCCUCCACCAACUUCAACUACAAAAAAUAAAUUUUUCGGUAAAGGUGGUCUUGCUUUCCAAUUGCGUAAGAAUGCUGCAGGCGCUUUUGGUCCAGAAUUAUCAAGAAAAUUAUCUCAAUUGGUUAAAAUUGAAAAAAAUGUCUUACGUUCAAUGGAAAUCGCUGCAAAUGAAAGACGUGAAGCUGCAAAACAACUGUCUAUUUGGGGUCUUGAGAAUGAUGAUGAUGUCAGUGAUAUCACCGAUAAAUUAGGUGUUCUUAUCUAUGAAAUAAGUGAAUUGGAUGAUCAAUUCAUUGAUAGAUACGAUCAAUAUCGUCUAACUUUGAAAUCAAUUAGAGAUAUCGAAGGUUCAGUACAACCUUCAAGAGAUAGGAAAGAUAAAAUCACCGAUAAAAUCGCAUACUUGAAAUACAAGGAUCCUGGUUCUCCAAAGAUUGAAGUAUUAGAACAAGAAUUAGUUAGAGCAGAAGCUGAAUCUUUAGUAGCAGAAGCUCAACUUUCAAAUAUUACAAGAUCAAAAUUAAGAGCAGCUUUCAAUUAUCAAUUCGAUUCAAUCAUUGAACAUUCUGAAAAAAUCGCUUUGAUCGCUGGUUACGGAAAGGCAUUACUAGAAUUACUUGAUGACUCUCCAGUGACUCCAGGUGAAACAAGACCUGCUUACGACGGUUACGAAGCUUCAAAACAAAUUAUCAUCGAUGCUGAAAGUGCUUUGAAUGAAUGGACUCUAGAUUCUGCUCAAGUUAAGCCUUCUUUAAGUUUUAAACAAGAUUAUGAAGAUUAUGAAGACGAAGAAGACGAGGAAGAAGGCUUACAAGGCGAUCACAAUAAAGAACCAAGAUGGUCUGAUGAUGAAGAACAAAUUGUGGAAGAAGAAGAAAUUGUCCAAGGUAACGAUCCAAUUGAGACUGCUUGA